AUGCUCCGGUCGAAGAAGCGACGAGGUAGUUUCUCGUCAUCGAACGGCCCUAAACGGGACCGUCGCGGAAGUGACACGUCGUCGGCGCCUGCACCGCCUGUACCACCCGGCAACCAUGGCCCCACUCGGCACGAAUAUGCCCCCAAGCCUCAGCGUUGGCCGACAAGUGCGGUCGCUUCCGAUCUCCCGCGUAAUGAACCCAGUGCCGGCGGUAACCGACGACGACCUCAUGGCAAGAAGUCUCCCAGCCGUGGAGGGCCUCCAUCAGGCAACGGCUGGCGCGGAGGACCACCCCCGGGCGGCGCCCCACCUCCGGAACCCCUACCCAGCCUCGCCCCGCCACCUGGAGGACCCGCCGGGGGACCGGUAGAAAAACCACUAGAAGCUCCCGAGUUAAGUCGUUCUGCUUUGUAUAAGAAGUUAUAUGUUGAGGAAGUGGUGGAGUUGGAGCGUGGUUUGGAUUGGUUGUUAUAUCGGGAGGAGCGUGUUCGGGAGGUUCGAUGUGCGUUGAAUGAGUUGGAGUCUGAGGUAGUAGGUGUGCUAGAGACGUGUCGUUAUCUGGAGAGUGCGGUGGAUCGUGCGAAUCGUUUAGCUCGUGAGAUUGAUGGGGAUCUUCGUAGUCGUCUGAACAUGUUGAGUCAGUUACGUUCAUUGUUAUGGGUAUAUGAUUUGGCUAGUACUGAGGUUUUCAUGGCUUUGGCAGAGAACGAUUCGAUCAAAUUUGUGGAAUUGGUCAAGACCAAUGGGAUUCACGAAGUGCUGAAUGUAUUCAGUAAAAUAGAUCUCGUCGUAGCGCAAUUGAGACAAAGGAGCGGUGGUAUGCUUCCUAACGGAGAACUGCAUCCGGAAUUACAUCCGGAACUUCACCCAGAGGCCGCAAAUUACGUCGAACGGUACAUUGAAGGGCGUAGAACGGGACUACGCAUUCUAGUUGAGACCAGCAACCGGACACUGACCACCAUACUUCAAAAACUGGACAAAAAAGUCUCCGAAGCCCAAAUGGAGGCACAAGCUGUCGUUAAUCGAAGCUUUAGGGACUCAGAGAAUGUAAUAAAGGCUGUAACUUUUCUACCCUAUAAAUUCGUCCAUGUCAGAUCCAGGGUUAUGGGAAGCAAAUCAAUACAACCUGUCACCCACAUGAUGAACGAAAGGAUUCUCAGGUCUUCUAAUGCUAGCCAGGAAUAUAAAAGCGCUCUUAAUAAAGUGUUCAAUUCUUAUCUUAUGCUACGAAUUAAAUGGAUUUCCAACCCCCUCAAAAGAGAACUACAAUUCGUCUUUCAAAAAGCAAUACACGUCUCACCUGACCGCGCAAAGUCCAACCAAACUCAUGAGGUCCCUUACCAGGUUAACGUAGACACGCAGGUUAUACUGGCUUGCCAAUAUUGGAUUGACUUUGCCCAAGAUGAAAUCGAUACCUUUGGAUUUUAUUUCGUACAGUCAAGACUUACACCUGCCGAAAAAUUGAUUCAGAUCCUCUCAAGUGAGGUGUACGAUACACUACGGUCGUUUAUAUUGCCUAUUGUCGACAUCUCUACCCUCAAAAAUCUAGUCAACAAAUUACACCAACUUAUAAAGGUUGCUGGCGCCACCAUCUCGUCUCGGACGCCAAUCGACGCCCUGGAAUCUAGGUCCGCACACGCGUGUGCUAUUCCUUCAGACCCAACCCCGCGUUCUUCAGGGCUCCAUCCAAUACUGCAUCCCGUGGCGGGAUUGCAGUUAGAUGUCCAAAACAAGCUGACUUCCCGAAUUUUGGAACUGUUUGUCAGGCGGCAGCGACAAGAGACGUAUCUGGUUCAGAAUUUGGCAGAUAAGUCUGGUUCCUUAGAUGGUUUACCUUUAAAAGUACCCGCGGAACACGCUGAUGGCAACCCUGCUAACAAGUCGACGAUAGUGGUCCGAUCAUUGGACGACAUGCUCGAAUUCAUUACUGAUCCCGUUAUUGGCCAUGAUCUGCAUAUUCCAGUGGUAAAUGGCGCGGUAGUCGCUCUGGAUAAGAUUGAUUCGGUUCUGGAUACUUCGGUUCUGUCGUUGUUGGCAAACGAUAUUAUGGAGUCCGUUGAGGCGCGUUUGAUAGCUGCGGUGCGCUCCGUCUCGUCGAAACGAGGUGUUGUGGAAGGAGCGCUGUUGGGUUGUCGAGAGCUCUUGCAUCUGUACAGGUCUCUUGGGCCUAGCAUCAUGCACGUCCUGAUGGAGAGAACGAACCAUGACGACCCAACCCCAAAGUUUUCCGACUCGAUCAGAACCUGGGUGGGCUUGCUUAGAGACGACUCUUCCAACGCGACCGGGAAACGGUCUAGUCUCCGUGCCGCCAACAUAAACGGCGUCGCCGGGAGCACCGCCAACAAUGUCAGCGAUAAAGGUAGUGGCGACAAGGACGACCAGGACCGCGCCCGGUCAGACGAGAGCGCCAGAGCGGUGCCUACUGGGGAGGUCGUCUCCUCCUCGACGACCCCUCCGAAAACAACUCCCGACCGGAUUCCCAACUCAACUUGCAUGUCACAGUGGCUGCGUCUGGCUCUCACAGAGACUCUCGAUUUGUCUGUGAAACAAGGCUUCGACGAUGUGGAGAAGCUGGAUCACAUCUUCGCGGACUAUCUACAAAAGGUAAGUGCAGUGAUCCUCUCUGCCAACUAUGUGAUCGAGCCGGAAGCAACAGAACAGGGAACAACAGAAGGAGCAACAGCGGAGGAAGUAGUGGCAGAAGGAGCGACUACAGAAGGACUAACAGCGGAUGGAGCAGUGGCAGAAGGACCAACUACCUCUACGGUGAGUGGUGAUAAAAAGGAAUUGAGAAGAAAUAGGAAAGUCGCGCCGCAGGAAAUUGACACGGUCCUUCACCUCUUCAUCCAACCCUUGAGGGAGCUUAUUCUAAGCACAAAUCUGGAGUGA